AUGACAGCCUCGAGCAGAAGACACUGUGCUGAGUGCCCCCCCAACAAAGCUGAUGAUGGAAACCAUGAACACCACAGUGCUGAAGGGCUCCAAUGAUUCUGAGUGGUGCCCCAGGGACACACGGGUGGCACAUCUGGUGUUUCCAGCUGUCUACACUGUCCUUUUCCUUGUGGGCAUCUUGCUGAACACUCUGGCCCUCUGGGUGUUCAUUCACAUCCCGAGCUCCUCCACCUUCAUCGUGUACCUCAAGAACACUUUGGUGGCUGACUUGAUAAUGACGCUCAUGCUUCCAUUUAAGAUCCUCUCUGAUGCACACCUUGGACCCUGGCAGCUCAGAGCUUUCGUGUGCCGUUUCUCUGCUAUCAUCUUUUACCAGGUCAUGUAUGUGGGUAUCAUACUGCUAGGACUCAUUGCCUUUGACAGGUUCCUCAAGAUCCUCAGACCAUUUGGAAAAUUUUUCGUACAAAAACCUGCCUUUGCAAAAACAGUGGCAAGCUUCAUCUGGUUCCUUUUGUUCUUCAUCUCCCUGCCAAAUAUUAUCUUAAGCAACAAAGAAGCUACACCGUCAUCUGUGAAAAAGUGUUCCUCUUUGAAGGGCCCCUUGGGGCUGAAGUGGCAUCAAGUGGUAAAUUACAUAUCCCAGUUUAUUUUCUGGACUGUUUUUGUCCUAAUGCUUUUGUUUUAUGUGGUGAUUGCAAAAAAAGUAUAUAAUUCUUAUCAAAAAUCCAAAAGUAAGGACAGCAAAAACAAAAAAAAGCUGGAAGGUAAAGUAUUUGUUGUUGUAGCUGUCUUCUUUUUGUGUUUUGCACCAUUUCAUUUUGUCAGAAUUCCUUAUACGCAAAGUCAAACCAAUACUAAAACUGACUGUAGAUUGCAAAAUCGACUGUUUGUAGCUAAAGAAACAACUCUCUUUAUGGCAGCAACUAACAUUUGUAUGGACCCCUUAAUAUAUAUAUUCUUAUGUAAAAAGUUCACAGAGAGGUUGCCAUGUGUGAAAGGGAGAAAGAUCACCACAGCAUCAAGCCAAGAAAAUCAUAGUAGUCAGACAGACAAUCUGACCCUAAGCUGAUAAUUUUAUAUGUGGUUAGUUUCUAUUCAUCAUAAAGAUUUCAAGAGACAAUUUAUUUGGAAGUCAAAUUUAAGGAAUGAGAAAAAAGACUGGAGCAAAUGCUUUCAUACAUUUUAUUAUGCUGGUGUACGAAAAGGAUUACACAGGGAACUAUUCAUAAGCAAAAUGGAAAAUCCUUAAGGGAAUGUAGAGGUCAUCUUUUCUGAGAGUAUUAACUUACAUUUUGGAAAACAUUUACUAUAGAUAUAUAUUCCUAAAAACCUCCCCUUCAAAGCACUUCCUACAUUAUGUUAACACCAAAUUCAAACACUACCACAACUUUUUGUAUUCCACAAAUGUUGGAAGUCCUUCAGUGAAAGCUGAAAACAGAUUAAAAGGGUUGGCUUCUGGGGAGCUGAGGUGGGUCAAAAUUAUUCUGAAAGCCUGGCUAAAGGAGUCUCUCUGUACAAUGACAAAGAUUCCAGUACAUCAUAGGAGGCAUAAGCACCACAAAGCCAUGUCAAUUAUUGUACAUGGUACCUUGCUUAUACUUUAAGUGUAUGCAAUUUAAAGGCAAGAAUACUUCUUGUUAUUCUUUGAAAUUCUCUUUACACAAUAAAUACUCUCAAUGAUGGCUGAAUAUGUUCCCUAGUGAGCAAAGCCUUUCCCUCCAUUCUCCUUCCUCCUACUUCCUACUUCCAAAUGAAAAUAAUCACUUCCCUCCUUGUAUGGAUGCAUAUUCUGGCCCUCAUUGCAGAUUUCCCUUUACUAAUUACUGUAUUUCUAACUGUAUCACCCAAGACAGUUAGCAUUCUUAAAAACAGAAAACACAUCCUAUUUCAUUUCACAGACUAAAGUCUGUGAAAUAGCGUAUGUCAUAGUUAUGUUAUUCUUGAAACACACACAGAUGGAAUUUUGACUCACAAUCAAUGACAUUCUCACUGGCAGAUACAUUAUAUAUUGAAAAAAUGGUGACCUUCUUAGACUUAUUUACCUCCACUUUUUUUCCUGGUUUCCCCUGUAGUUCAAAAACAGUAAAAUAUGUUUCUUUGGAAUCAUGGAUGCUAAUUUAUGUGUCCUCAGAAAAUGCAAAAAGGAGUAGUCAUGCUUCAUAAGUGAACAAUAGCUCCAACACACCCAUCAUAAGGCCAAGCUUAGGAUGCCUUCCACAACCUCAAAGGCCCGGAAACACCAAGAACAUGCCUAGCUUUCUGGUCUUGUCACCCAAAUGCUCUUCCAUUCCUGGAACUUCCACUCAUGGAUAAAUCUGUAGAUGUCAGACAUGAAUGUUAAUUUUUGCCUCUGAGCCAGUUUACACACAGAUUUCCUUCUGAUUCACCAAGCGCUAAGUUGCCAUUACUGAUUUCAUGAAAUCUUACCUGGUCAACCUCCCCUACCACCACAAACCCAAUCACUUCACCAUCUGUAUGUUGUCACACCUAAAUUGUUGUACUUCUGCUGUGUAAUUACUUGUUCACACAUAUCCUACCUACUCUUUUAAUAACUUAGGUAUAUACUUUUGAGGGCAAAUAUUGUAUCCCAUUGUGAAAUCAUUAAAUAUUUGAUAAAAUAGCCAAGCUGGUUUAAUUUUUAUGUACUAGAGAAGCAAAAGGGAAGUCAAUUCUUACUAAUGUUUUUAAUUAUCAGAAGAUGACAUAAAAUUCUUGAAAGGUCAAACUCUUAUCAGUUGCUCUCCUAUAGUAUGUACAUAGUGGUCUGGGAAAUGGCAGUGUUCUUGGGCUCACUAGGGAAUGACCAUGAAGGAUGUAGGAUUACUAAACAGUGUAUGUAUAGCUUGGGGG